AGAAGUUGACAGGAUUUAGUCAUUUUGCUCGCCAUGCAGUCAGACCACGUAGGCGAGCAGAGUGAAUAUGAGGAAGAUGCAACAUCGGUGACGUCAGUAUCUUCUGGUACCAAGCUUAUACAGAGCGUCAAGGCCAGCCUGGAAGCAGAGAGUGACUCCGGAAGCGACCAGCCCAACGAGCGACCAGCGGUGCUGUUGCAGGCUGCGCCGGCAGCGCAGGCAGCUACGCUGCACGCGAUGGCAGUGCCUCGCAUGAGUUUUGCUGCCUGGUUGAAGAAGAGAAGAAAGCCACCAAAAAGGUUUCCCUUUCCACAAGGACGACAUGCACAAGGCACCUGCGCACCCUGCGUUUUUCAUGCCACUCGUGGAUGUGCGAGAGGACGACGUUGUCGCUAUUGCCAUCAUGAUCACUCCCCUGUGUGGGUGCAAGAUCGACCUCGCAGUAGCACACGUGAGAUGAUCAAGAAACGCUUGCCGCUGCUCCUUCAGUCCGAGAAUUUGGAUCAAGCGGAGGCAGAAGCCAAUGCAAUGGCAUGCCGGCACCACUUCGCUCGCCAGGUUUUGGAGAACCUGUUAGCCUUACAGACUUCGCCAAACUUGGAUGGUCAUCCCAAUUGAAUCUCGGUAGGAAGCAAUCGAGUAGGGAGUGACAAGGGAUGAACAUCAAAGCUUGGCUAGUUUCACCUCAGGUAGGUGAUCCGUUUUUGCACAGAAAGCACUUCAUGAGGAGUCCUGGUACCCAAAGAACAUCAAAGAACUAUGUGUCAUCAUGUGUCAUCCGGAUUUGAUGAAAAUAUGCACCGGCGCCAGAGGAUGGGCAGGCUCCGAUUGGUUGCACGGCCAUCUUCAGUUCUUGCCAUUUGCUCCUGCACAUCUACAGUUCUUCCACACCGUCUUGAGCCUUUAUGUGGCCACAGCCCAUUAGCGCUUUCACCACAAAAUUCCCGACUGUUCCGUCAGAUAUGAUUGACAUUCCUCAUCAGGCAUGUCGAUAGUUUCCUUUCCACGUGUCGACCUCAACCUGUCCUUCAGGCGCUCCUAUAACCUUUCUUAAGAGAGCACUUCUCAGCCCGCCAUGCCAGAAUUGUGUCUUCAACUCCCAUUUGCUAGUCCGCUGACCUGCAUGUCAGCCAUUUUUGUGCGAAGCGCUACUCUUGAGAAGAAAAGAGAAUUCCUCCGGCUCUACCCAGUUCGGGCCUACAAAGAUGAUCUAACAGGGCUUGGAGGCCAUCGCUGCGAACGUAACAAGAAAGCUUUCUGGUCACUAAAAGCUACUAAUGUGGAC